CCCAGUACAUCAUGAAGUUCGUCGUUGUCCUCGCGCUUUUGGUGGCUGAGAUAAAUGCUCUGUGUUACGACCACUGGCCAAACUGCAAAGACUACAUAAACAGACCAGGCAAUCCGUGUGAAACAAAUAGCUUCGUAAAAUACAAAUGUAAGAAGAGUUGUGGUUCAUGCGGAGGUCCCAGGCCUCCCGUGACACAAAAACCACCUGCGCCUCCAAAGCCAUCAAGACCACCAGUACCUCCUCCUCCCCCAGGUUCAUGUGGCAUAAAACCAGAGUCACGAAUUGUCGGUGGUACCCAGGCCCGUGCGGGUGACUGGCCGUGGCAGGCAAUGCUCAAAUAUCGUCCAUCAUACAACAAAGGAGCAAGUUUCUGUGGAGGAACCUUGAUAGCUCCACAAUGGGUUCUUACUGCGGCACACUGUGUGAAAAGAAAGAGAGCUGUGGAUCUCAGGAUCAGAAUGGGAGCUCACAACAAAAAGGGAAAUGAUCCAACGGCUCAAGACAUUGAGAUUGAAAGGAUCAUAAUGCAUCACCUCUACAAGAAACCGUUCGGUAUGAGUCAUGAUAUUGCGUUACUGAGGCUUAGCAGACCUGCGGAGCUAAACAGAGCUGUGGGACUCGCUUGUCUUCCGGAUACUUCUGUUGAUCUACCAAUUGAUGACGGCAGCAAGACAUGCUGGAUCACAGGUUGGGGUUCCCUGUCUUCUGGAGGGCCUAGUGCCAGUCAACUCAUGCAAGCUGAAGUACCGCUGGUUUCCAAAGAACGGUGUGUAAAAAGUUAUCCAAGACAGAUCCACGACUCAAUGUUGUGUGCAGGUCAUGAUGAAGGCGGGAUAGACACGUGCCAAGGUGACAGUGGAGGUCCUCUGGUCUGUAAAUAUGGCGGCAAAUGGCACUUGGAGGGCGCCACAAGCUGGGGCUACAAAUGCGCGCAGGAAGGGUACUUUGGUGUGUACGCCAAUGUAAGAUACUUGUUGGAUUGGGUAUACGACACAAUAGCCUCGUAUUGAUUAAACCUUUACCUUGACAUGAAGCAAGGUUUUAAGUAGACCAACAAAUAAAUAAAUCUUCCUCUAA